UCGAAUGCCUUUUUUGGAAUUGGAAGAAACCACAAUGAAAAAAAACAGAGUUUUUAAAUAUUUAAUAACCUAGGUUUCUCUGUGCUACAUCGAUCGACCCUUUUUUCAACGACGAUGAUGAUGUCAAAUCUUCCAAAGGAUUUGGUGGAGGAGAUUCUCUAUAGGGUUCCGUUUAUACACCUAAGAGCAGUGAGAUCUACUUGCAAAAUGUGGAACGAUAUAUCCAAAACUAGGAGCUUUGUAAACAAGCACAUCCACAAAGCAGCCGUGUCAAGGGAAAGAGAGUUUCUCACGGUCACGGAAUUUGAUGUUUGUUUGGUCGGCGUCAAUCUCCAUACAAUAAGUCAAAACAACGACGUUGAUCUAUCUAUAAAGCGCAAAGCCAAACUUAUUAGCCGAGGCAAGACAACUGAAGUAUUCCAUAAAUCUCAAGUAAUUCAGUGCAACGGUCUAUUCUUAUGUGUAUGGGGACACAUGCUUGUUGUUUUGAACCCGUAUUGGGGACAAACAAAAUGGAUCUUACCAAGAGCUCCUUACGAGAGAUUAGACAAGUAUGCUCUCGGAUACGACAAAUCCAGCGGUAGCCACAAGAUCUUGAGGCUUUUUGGUAUUAGCGUAAACUGCCUCAAAAUCUACGACUUGAGCUCCAAGUCAUGGAAGGUUCCUGACGGCACUCUUGAAUGGGAUAUGAAGGAUAUGAAAGAUUGUGUGUCUUUGAAGGGAGAUACUUACUGGUAUGGUAGAGAUAAAGAAUCAGAAAAAUAUUGUUUGUUAUGUUUUGAUUUUACAAGCGAGAUGUUUGGACUGCGUCUGCCUCUGCCCUUCAAUGAGGAUUAUGCGACUCUAUCUGCAGUUAAAGAAGAGAAGCUUGCGGUGUUAUUGCAGCUGUGGGAUAAAAUGGUUAUUUGGGUAACGAACAAUAUUGAGCCUGAUGCGGUGUCGUGGAUCAUCUUCUUGAAAAUUGAUAUGAAACCAAUUAUACAUUAUUACAAUAAUACCUAUGGGUAUGGGGAUUUCUUCAUUGACGAGGAAAAGAAAGUGGCAGUUGUUUUUGAGAAAGACAGGUCACCGUGGGUUGGAACCAUUUACAAGAGAGCUCACAUCAAUGGAAAGAAUGGUUAUAUCAAAAGUGUGGAUCUCCGUAAAUCUCCAAACACACUAGAGUUUCGCCGUCUAUGUUCUUAUGUUCCAAGUUCUAUGAAAAUCAUGUAA